AUGAAGGGUCAAGGGAAUGCCGCGCAGCAAGAGCAGACGUCUGUCGAGCAUAUCGAUUUUUCGACUUUGGCCGACAGAGUGGAAGAGUUCCGGUACGAACUGGACAGAGCCCGGGACAUGUGUGAACAAGCAAACCUCGAAAUCAACAAAUAUCGCGUAGAAAUCCACAGGCUCAAAUGCACGCUGGACGCGGAGCGCGACGCCUGUUCCAAAGCCCAUAAGCUGCUCAUCAGAGAAAGCAACCAUAACAAAGAACUCGAAAACCCCAAUAAGAAUCUCCAAAACAGCUUGAAAAGGGAGACGGUUUUAAAUUCACAGCUCCAAGCACGGCUGAACACCGAGACUGCAUCACUCAAGGCUAUGACCAAGCAUGCUCGAAGCCAGGAGGAGAAGCUGAUCGAUACGCAGCUGGACUUGGAGUAUCUCAAGUGUACUAUGAGUGUGGACCCUCCCUUGGCACCGACACUUGCUCUCAACAAUCAUGCUCCUCUGCCUGCUCAGCCGUUUGUUGUCGUACUGGUGGAUGGUGAUGCAUACAAUUGGGCUCCCGACAUUUCCUACAACGACUGUCCUCCCGGAACAGUGUCCGCGUCCAACAUUCUCGAUGGCUCCGGCCCAGGUGCCAUGGCCGCGACGCGUGUCCGCAACGAAGUGACCAAAUUUAUUUUGAGCCAGGACGGGACUAUCCCCGUAACGGCGAAGAUCAUUACUCGCGUGUUCUGCAACUUCUCAAGUCGCCCAGGACUGAUGACAAGCUUCCGAAGGAGCGGGCCUGUAGGUCUCGGUCUGGCGGAAUUUGCGGUGCAGUUCACCGAGAAGUUGCCAUUAUUUGACUUUUUCGACGCAGGCAGGGGAAAGGAGAGGGCCGACGACAAGAUCAGAGGCAAGACCGUCAUUUCCCCAAAGGAAUAG